AUGGACAAACGCCCCUCUCCUCCCCUCUAUCCCCUCUCCUCCUCUCCUCUAUCCCCUCUCUUCCUCCCCCCUCCUCCUCUCCUAGGUUCAUUAACAUUCAGCGGCCCCUCCUCCAGUGCUGUCAUCACAGGGCAGCAGUCUAAUGGCUCCUCCCCCGUGGUUUCCAGUCGGUCUCUCAGCUCCUCUCUCUCCUCUAACAGCGGUAACAACCAGGAAUACAGUAGGCAGCUCACAGCUCUCAACUGCUCUGUCAGGGACUGGAUCACCAAGCACGUCAACGGAAACCCUCUCUGUGACCUAAACCCCAUCUUCAGGGACUAUGAAAAGCACCUGGCCAGCAUCGAUAAGAAGUACGGAGGGAGUGGAGGGACUGGAGCUGUGACUGGAGCUGCUGUGGUGGUGGACGGAGGCUCAGAGAGCAGGAGCAGAGCAGAGGAACCAGUGGAGAAGCAGGCAGUCAGUACACCACCACCACCCUCCUCUAGCGCCGCCAGCUCGACCACCACGGCCCCGGUGUUCUCCUUCAGUAAGGACAAGGACGGCAGCGCUACAGCCCCGGGGGACAGCUCAGCCGCUCCGAUCCCCGCUGGCAUCAGCUUUAGCUUGGGCCAGAAGGGGAACAGCUCAUUGUUGGGGUCUCUGAGCACCGGAGGAGCUCCUAGUGUCUCCUCCUCCUCCCUGUUUGGAGGCGCUGCUCCUCCUGCCUUCUCCUUCAGUGGGGCCAAAGCGGAGGCUGCCCCCACCCAGACCACAGGUACGAUAUGGAGGAUGAAACCGGAUGAACCUCCCAAAGUGGAAGUCCAGGAGAUUAAGGAGACUGACGCGUUCUACUCCAAGAAGUGUAAACUGUUCUACAAGAAAGAGACGGAGUUCAAGGAGAAGGGAGUUGGAACGCUGCAUCUGAAGACCACCUCAGACGGAAAGACACAGCUGCUAGUCCGCGCUGACACCAACCUGGGUAACAUCCUGCUGAACAUCAUGGUCCAGCCCUCCAUACUCUGUUCCAGGAUGGGGAAGAACAACGUGAUGGUGAUGUGUGUUCCUAACCCUGUCGUGGACCACAACAACCCUAGCAACCCUGUCGCCAUGCUGAUCAGGGUCAAAACCGCAGAGGACGCUGAUGAACUGCACAACAUACUGGAGGAGAAGAAAGCUUAGAGGACGAGCCC